AUGGCCUCCUCCUCGGACCAGGACUACAUGGCCUUCCUCAACAAGGCGAACGAGGACCCCUCGGCGGGCGUCGCGACCGCCGCGGCGGGGGCGCCGCAGAAGCGCCAGUUCCGCGCGACCGUGGCCGGCGCUAGGGUGCCCGAGCCCAUCGCUAGGUUGUGUGGGGGGCAAGGCGGCGGCGGCGGCGGUGGCGAAGUGUUCUAUACCUCGGACGCGGACGAGCCGUUUGAGGCUGUGGCGCUGAAGUGGGAUGGGAGUGGGAAGGGGUUGCCUGAUGAGGAGGCGUUUGCGGAGCUGAUCCAGCAUUGGGAUCCGAAGAAUGCGGAGGUGCAAAUCAUGGACCCGGUGGACUGGGAUCCGAAUGGGAAGUAUGGGGAGGUUGUGGACGCUUUGAAGGAGGCGGGAGAGGGGAAUGAUAUACGGGUGUAUCGGGUCGUGAGGGAGGGGGUGAAGGCGGAGUAUUGGGUGGUUACGGUCGAGGGGAAGGAGGGGGCUGAGUUGGUCGGGUUGAAGGCCCUGGCCGUGGAGAGUUGA